AUGUCCGAACAACGACUAUUCGCCUGCAAGCGGUGUUCACGUCGUAAACAACGAUGCGAUCGCACAAUCCCCGUCUGUCAACCAUGCCAAGAAGCUCAAGCCGAAUGCACUGGGUCAGCGUCCGAAGGGACUGUUAUUUCCGGUAAUGACAGAAUUAUCGCGCGGAAAGGACCUGUCACGCGACUGCUCGAGCAGAUUGAGGCCUUGGAGGAGAAGCUUCGGGGUCAUGACCGAGGAGAGCCUGGCAGUGGUAACGCUUCUGCAGCGGUUGAGCAUGAUAGACUGUCACCAGAUGCUGCCGCAGGGCCAUCUGAGCACCAGGACAACCCAAGCAUGAACAUGAGAUUCCUUUCCCUAAGCGCCAUGGCUGAGCCACCUUCUCGUCGUGGCGAGUUCCUCAAACACCUCUCCACUCCGCGGUUAAUCGCAGGCAUCACAAAGACCUACGGUGGUGACCCUGAGUCUACUGCUCGCCCUGACUCACUAUGGGAAGGCAUAUCGACAUAUCUCCACCAUCCACAGGGCAGUAAACAUCGGUUACGUAUCCCCCCAGCAGAUAUGAACAAGGCUCUUGAGAUAUACCUUGCCGUCGUCGACUUUCGCUUUCCACGUCUCGCCGUGGACAAGGUACUAGUGGGCAUCGACGCUAUAUCACACCCCGAGGAGGACCAUUUCAGAAGGGUUGUCGCUACGGAUCCUGCGCAUGUGUUUAUGGCGUACGCUGUCAUAGCCAUUGUGCCGCUCGUCAGCGAUGCAUAUCCUAUUUCACAAGGAUCCUGGGUUGCGGUGCAUGUCCUCGGAAAAUGCAUGGAGUUACUCGACAGGGUGUUUAAUCAGGAAGAUGGCAUCGAUAUCAUCCAGUGUCUACAGCUACUUGUUAUCCUUGCUGUGCACUGUUCUGCUGCUGGCUCAGCCUGGCAUCUUUCUAGCUUCGCCAUGAAUAAGUGUAUCGCCUUGGGCUAUCAUCGUGAAGAUCUCAAGUCUGCUUCGGUGUCGCUGUUGGAUGUUCAACAGAGAAGAUGGGCGUUUUGGGGAUGUUAUUUUCUGGAUGUCUUGAUAUGCGCCGCGCUUGACAGACCGCCGAGUAUCGAUGUGAGACACAUCACCACUCCUCUGCCAGAUUCUGCCUCGAAUUCGCCUAGUCAAUGUGCACAGCAUGGACAGAUAAUCUUGCAUCUCCGAACCUCUCCAUCCGCGACCCAUCGCCUCAUCGCUCGGGAUGUGUAUCACAAGCAGCUAUUCCAAUAUGCCCGGCUUCUAUCCCAGGUUAUUAGUGAGACUACUGACGGGGGUGACGACUUCGAGCACCAGCUCGGGCAGGCCAUCAGUUGGAGGAUCAGUUCAUUGCCCCAUAAUGAGCCAGACCGCUGUAACAUCUAUCUCUUCCAGACCUCUUUAUAUAACACCCUCAUGCUACGCCUGUCAAUUAGGGAACUACUGGUUCUAUUUUCUUUUGGACCUGACACCAUGUUUCUAGGCGACAUUAAUAUCGAGGAGAGCCGGAUGAAGAGAUUGAAGAUUGCACAAAUAUGCGCAGCUGUAGCUCGAAGUUUGGAUCGCGUUCACAUGGCCGGUCGUUCUUAUCUCUCUCUGAUCACUGGCUACAGCUCUUUGACCAUGGCAUUCGCGUGUUUAUACUUAAUGGCUGUUCGAACCAUCGUCAGGAACAGAGUAGGAGAGAAUACCACCUGGCACGCUCCUCAAAGUCACUUGGGGUCAGAUGCUUCAAGUAUGAGAUGGCACACGCCACCACCCUCAGCACCUUUCCAGAAUUCUGCAGAUACCGUAACAUCACAUGUCCCCAAUUCCUCACUCUCUUAUCAUCUAUCACCCGAAGGUGAGGCAUGGGCAGAUGGACUUGAGGUUGGUGGUGUCGAUGAUGCAUUUCAUAUUGCCAUUGCUAAAGUUGACGUAGUGGGAAGACAAUUCCCUAGACUCAAUCACUAUGGUCGUAUGGCUCUAGAUAUUCGUAAGCUUCUGAUAUCAAUGUCAAGCCCAGCUUCGUUCUUCUCGUCAGCUGAGGUUAUUGGUGAUCAGCUUGGAGCAAUCAAGGACGGCGCUCAGGAUACUGGACCAAUGUAUUUAAGACAGCUCACGGCCGCCAUCUUGUGUAUAAUCUCUCAGGCUGGACCGAAUUGA